AUGGCGAUUUGCUCUCCCUCGUCGGCGACGAGCGGCAGGACCCGGGUUGUCCACGCGCUGGUCGCCAGAGCGGCAGUGGCGGUGGCGGCUGGCGCCCCCGGCCCACGCCGCGGUGUACUUCAAGUGGUUCAGGAAGGAUGGGAGCCGGGUGGUGGGGAUCAUCCCUGCCCGGUCUGCCUCCUCGCGGUUCGAGGGGAAACUCCUGGUCUGGAUCCUCGGGAAACCCAUGAUCCAGGAACCGAACAUUGUAAUGAAGCACUUCAGAAGCAUGGAAAAAAUUAUGAUAUUGUUGUCAAUAUCCAAGGAGAUGAGCCUCUUAUACCAGACAUAAUAGAUGGUGUUGUUAGGGCUUUGCAGCGGUGUGCUCCUGAUGCAGUUUUCAGUACUGCUGUCACAUUCUUGAAACCUGAAGAUGGACUUGACCCAAACUGGGUUAAGUGCGUGGUGGAUAAUCCUGGUUAUGCAAUUUACUUCUCAAGGGGUUUGAUCCCAUAUAACAAGUCAGGAAAAGUCAACCCACAGUUUCCCUAUCUACUUCAUCAUUUGGGCAUUCAGAGCUUUGAUUCAAAGUUUGUAAGGAUCUCUCCGCAGCUUCCACCCACUCCCCUGCAACUAGAGGAAGACUGAAGUCUUGAACAACUUAAAGUUCUUGAAAAUGGGUACAAGAUGAAGCAUCAUUUUGGGUCCGAUGGACGCGAAACAACAGGACUCCAUGCAUGGCCGAGUUCAUCACCACUGCAACUAGGAUCACCCUAAUUGCUACUUGCAAAGGAAGGUGAUUUGCAUACAGUCCUCGAGCAAGUAUGCAGGCCCAGUGAAGCUUAUAUCCAUUUCCACCACAGUGGCCUGUAAUUUUGGUGGGCGUAUCCUGUUGCCAAUUGAGUCAAGAACAACAUAUCAUUCAAUAACAUUCCAAUAAUUUAAAGCUUUAUUUAGUUCUAAUUACUGAUCAAUCUGUAGCUUCUUUUCCUUUAAGUGUUCUUAAUUACUACAGCUGAAUAUUAUUCCUCAAUUUUUUCGUCUACACUGGUUAUAAAGCUAGAAAUAGGUGAAGUUACUGGUGACAUCCACCACAAGUUGGAACUUUUAGAUAAUAAAUGCUCUUGCUUGUUGGUCUA